AUGGCCUCUGAAACCACCAGCGCGGCGAACGCCUCGGGCGCUUCGAGCGCGUCAUCUCCCGUCGCCAUUGUCUGCGUCGGCAUGGCAGGUUCUGGCAAGACGACGUUUAUGCAGCGCAUCAACGCGUAUCUCCACGAAAAAGAAACGCCACCCUACGUCAUGAAUCUCGACCCCGCCGUCAUGUCGGUGCCAUUCGAGUCCAACAUUGACAUUCGCGACUCGGUCAACUACGAGGAGGUCAUGAAGCAGUACAACCUCGGUCCCAACGGCGGCAUCCUGACGUCGCUCAACCUCUUCGCCACCAAGGUCGAUCAGGUCGUCAACCUGCUCGAGAAGCGCACCAAGCCGGACCCCGAGAACCCGCAGAAGAAGCCGAUCCGGAACAUCCUCGUCGACACGCCCGGCCAGAUCGAGGUGUUUGUGUGGUCGGCCUCGGGCACGAUCCUCCUCGAGUCCCUCGCUUCGUCGUUCCCGACCGUCAUCGCCUACGUCAUCGACACGCCGCGCACCUCGUCGACGUCGACUUUUAUGAGCAACAUGCUGUACGCGUGCUCGAUCCUCUACAAGACGAAGCUGCCGAUGAUCCUCGUCUUCAACAAGACCGACGUCAAGGACGCCGAGUUCGCGCGCGAGUGGAUGACCGACUUCGAGGCCUUCCAGGAGGCGCUCCGCCGGGACGAGGAGUCGGACGCGCUCGGCGGCGGGCCCGAGGGCGUCGGCGGCCACGGCGGCAGCGGCUACAUGGGCAGCCUGCUCAACUCGAUGAGCCUCGUGCUCGAGGAGUUUUACGCCCACCUGAGCAUGGUCGGCGUGAGCGCGCGCGCGGGCACCGGCGUCGACGACUUCUUCGCCGCCGUCGAGGAGAAGCGGCUGGAGUUCCUGCGCGACUACCAGCCGGAGCUGGAGCGCCGCCGGGCGGAGCGCGACAGCGAGAAGAAGAAGGCGCGCGACCGCGAGCUCGACAGGAUGAUGCAGGACAUGGCCGUGGGAGGAGGAGGAGACGGCGCGGGCGCGGCGGACGAGGAUGUGGACGUGGAGAGCAGCGGCGACGACGAGGACUCGGGCGACGAGGCGACCAAGAAGAGCCUGCAGGAGCGCUACCAGGCGGCUCUGGGCGACAACGAGGACUCGGUGCUUGCAGACGCCAGCUUCGCAAAGUAUCUGCACACGCAGAGGUAG